ACUUGUGGCGUGCCAACAGAGUCAGCUGUACGGGCAGUACGGUGCCAACAAGGGGUUGGGAGCCCUUCAACCUCCUCACAACCUCAUGUUCCUGCCACUCUUGGAGGGGUUGAGGGGUGGGGCUCACGGCGCCCCUCCUGCUCCCCCCGCCCCGCCUGUCCUGCCCCCCAUCUCACCCCCCCACGAGGCAGGACUGCCCAAGAUGCCCCCGGUGUCCGUCGCUGGCGCCGUUCCAGCGUGGAUGUCCGCCUCGGCACAACUGGCUCAGCUCUCUCAGAACUCCGCCCACACCACCCACACGCCCACCCAGACGCCCGCGCCCUCACACGAAAAUCACGAGGAGAAGCCCCUGAACCUGACCAAGCCCAAGGACGCCAGCCCUAAGCCCAGCGACAUGAGCGCACUGUCAGGGAAGGGCCCCGGGCUGCCCCCGUCCCUUGUCCCUCACUCCUUCCUCCCCUACAUGACCCCGCCCUUCCCAGGCCUCCCUGACCACAAGGACCUGCUGGGGGGCCUGGGGCAGACCCUGGGGCAGAGUCUGGGCCAGGGGCUAGGCCAGGGACUAGGCCAGGGACUAGGCCAAGGGCUAGGCUCCCUCCCAUCUCCGACAAUGGGCGGAGGUAUGGCGGGAAAACACUACCCUCCGCCGGCCUUUCCACCCAUGUAUCUUCCACCUUCGUCCUUACCUUCCUCCCUACCGCCCCACCUCAACCCCAUGGGCGCCCUAAGCUUGCCCACGGCUACGCCCCUCACCUCUCUUACCUCACUAGGGGGUACCAUGGGCGGCAUCCCUUCCGUCACCACCUCCAGCCCACACACCACCCAGGAGAAGCCCAAGGAAGAGGACUACGUCACCACCUGUCAGACAGCCAAGAUGUUCGGGGCGAAGAUCAUCCGACAAACUCGAAAGGACACGGACUCGAAGCCUCAUAUCAAGCGACCGAUGAAUGCUUUCAUGGUUUGGGCUAGAGACGAGAGGCGCAAAAUUCUCAAGGCGUGCCCAGAUAUGCACAACUCUGCCAUCUCCAAGAUCCUAGGCUCAAGAUGGAAGUCCAUGACCAACUCCGAGAAGCAGCCUUACUACGAGGAGCAGUCGCGGCUCUCCAAGCUGCACAUGGAGAAGCACCCCGACUACCGCUACCGCCCUAGACCCAAGCGCACCUGCAUCGUCGACGGCAAGAAGAUGCGCAUCUCCGAGUACAAGGCCCUCAUGCGCCAGAAGCGCGACGAGAUGCGCACGAUGUACUUUCGAGACAACGGCCUUUCCGAUCUGGCCAAGCUUCUCCCUCCAGGAGCCGAUCCCCUCAAGGGGGAUUUCCUGAAGGCGGGAAUCUUCAAGGAUGACCUCCUGAAGAAAGAUUUGAUGAAUGCGGAGAUUUUGAGCGUCGACUCCCACGGCGACCCAGCCACCAAUCGCGGCGAGGACCUCCCUUCAGUCAUGACCCCGACCUCAGAGUUUAGCCUCGACGGGUCGGCCUCGCCCUCUCCCGGAGCCCCGGCGUCCACCACCUCCGACCUCGAGGACCACAUGGACGAGGAUUUCGCGUCGUCGACCGAUAUCGUCAGUCACGAGGAAAUCGAAGAGACCCAGCCGCUAAGUAUAGACGAGCGGCUGGCAUGAAAUACCUCCCGGCGCCGCCAUCACCCGUACUUCCACAUGCCCAAGAUCGCUCCUUGGGCUCGCCCUCGAACUCUCCCCAUAGUCUACCCACACGCUAGCCAUCACCCCACACUCGCCCUACCCCCCAUCUAUCCUCCACAGUACAUAUUUCCUCCGCUGGAGCAAUAUCUUCCGUAUGCCAUCGGCAAACACUGAAGUUUAACUUCUCUAGUCUGCUGUUGAUGAGGCAGUGUUCCCUCUUACUCGCCUACUGAUGUCUGAAGUCACUGUGACGUCCUCCCAUGUAGACCUCACAUCCGAAGGCCGUGUUUUGAAGAACGAAGUCCACCUCGGAACGCCGUCAGGUGCGUGAGUGUGUGUGGGCGACGAAACCCACUCAGCUUCAAGGACUGAAGCGUUGAGGAAAUUCUCUUCGAGUUGCAAAUGAAGAGUCGAAGUCUCGUUGACACAAGCCCUCGAGGAUGGAGAGUGUGUGUGUGUAGAAUAGUGAACAUCGGGAGAAGAUUUAUAUACAGUGAAUAAGGAGGAGGAGUCUUGUGCGUGUGUGAUGUCGGUAAAAGGGGGGAGAUAUAGAGAGACAAUAGUGAUGCUGUUCAUCCUAGAGUAAUUAUUUUUUUUUCAUUGCCAGACAUCGAAAUCUGCCUCAAACGAACAGAAAACGGGAAUUUGAGGGCAGACUCGACUCACGUGACGAAGACCACUCCAACAACUUCGACCCGAUGGAAGGAUACUCGGGAAUCUACUUUGUUGAUACCUAUCGACUCUCCUUUCCCCCCCGAUCUCCCCCUCUCCCCCCUACCCCCCCCCCUCUAUGUAAAAAUGGUUCGUAACAGGUACAUAUUUUUCAGAGGUGAUAUCUGUUUGUAGAUCUCUUUUUUUUUCCAGACUCCAGCUGCAGGCUGGGUGCGGGUAGGAGGUUCCUCUGGAGUCGACACGGUUUUGUUCCUAGCUCGCUGUUGUUGUUGUUUUUUUUUGUAUAAUAACUUGGUGAUCAUUUUUUUUUCCUAUGGUUACUGCAAGCAGUAUAGACGACAGUAAUCUUUAUAUGCUUACGGAGUUUAUAGAUGGAGAGGAAACAGGUGAGAUGACUCAAGGAGGUGGAGGAGAGUUUUCGACAUAUAUAUAUAAAUAUAUUUAUAUAUAUAUAUGCAUAUAUACAUACAUGUAUAAGUUUAGAUUGUAAACUGAAAGAGCUUUAACAUAAAAAAAAAUCGGUUCCCCCCCCCCCCACCCACUCCCUUGUACAUGAUUUAAGGGGCGACUUUUUGGGAUUUGUCACAGUGCAUUAAGAGUCAUAUUUUUUAUGUUUUAAAUAGGAAAAUGAACCAUUAUGCACCUUGCUCUAUGGCUGUAAGUCGCCUUUUGUUGCUUAAGUCAUUUGAACUAUGCUUUGUAAAGCGUCCUAAAGAAACACUUUUGUCUCUCUCUGGUCAUGUAACAACAAAUCAAGUUUCCUUGUUUAUUUGUUUAAUUUUAUAAGACAUUUUUGUAAUCACAAGUUGAUGACGUCACGCCGUUCGCUUGUAUAUAUUGAAUCCGCGACCUGACGAUUGGUUCACACCAUGAUGCCGGGCGUGACGUCACACAACUCGCGACCUGACGAUUGGUUCACACCAUGAGGCCAGGCGUGACGUCACACAAACCGCGCCCUGACGAUUGGUUCAUACCAUGAUGCCAGGCGUGACGUCACACAAACCGCGCCCUGACGAUUGGUUUACACCAUGAGGCCAGGCGUGACGUCACACAAUAACGAUGUCAAUUGGCACAGUUGACUACAGAAACCCCUUAAAAAAAGUGUUCUUUUUUGCGUUUAUUUAACGAGAUGCCGCGUUCUAAGUCAGAUUUUGAUGACCGGUAUAAACAGUAUUAACAUAGGAGGAUAGUGGCCCUCUUUGUGUACUUUAUCUAGUACUCGGUACAAUAGAAAAUAAGUAAAGUGUUUUCAGACGUGGCAAGUGUGGAUUUUGCACCAAUCAGAGACCCGUUCUUCCUCUCCGCCGCUUCCUGACUGGGCAACUGCUGGCUUUGAUGGGGCUGAGGUUAAGGUGUGGGGCUGAGAUUAAGGUGUGGGGCUGAGAUUAAGGUGUGGGGCUGAGAUUAAGGUUUGGGGCUGAGAUUAAGGUUUAGGGCUGAUAUUAAGGUUUGGGGCUAUGCUAGGUAGGGCUGAACUUGAGGGUUGACCUUGAAGAUGGAUUUAGCUUGGUUGAACUUGAGGUGGGGAGGGGGACGUUGGUUGGUGUUCUAGUGGGCAAAAGAGGUUGGAGUUACACUUCAGAGCCAGAGCCUUGAAGUAUAACCAGCCCUUUAAGCCCUUUUUUUUAGGGCUGGACCGAACUUUAAGGCCGGUCCAUGGCCGGUCCGAACUUCAGGACCAUUGUCUGUUGCUAGAGCCGAAGUUGAGGGCAUUUUCUAGGGCAUAACUGAACUUCAGAUCAAAUAUUCCAUUGUCAUCCACCCCAAAAACUGGUCUAUUUUGAAUGACUGAUUCUUAUAGGCGUGUUGAGAGUGAAGUAACACUUAUAUUAUCUAUUUCUUCCUUUUUAUCUAUCUCUUCCGUUUAUCUGUUUCUUAUUAUCAUCUAUCUCUUUUAUCUAUCUAGAGCGUUAACGGAACUAAUACUUGGCGUGUGUUCUGGGAGUCUGGUUCAUGGCUUCCUGUCCCGGCUUACUCUAAUGUAAAUGUAAAAGGGAAAUUAGGUAUGUUAAUAUAUGUACAUAUAUAGAUACAUAUAUGUGUUAUGAUUGUCCAACUUUACAUGGUGUUGGUUUCUUUUGUUCCACCAGUCUCUCUUUCUCUGUCUGUCUGUCUGUCUGUCUGUCUGUCUGUCUGUCUGUCUGUCUGUCUGUCUGUCUGUCUGUCUGUCUGUCUGUCUGUCUGUCUGUCUGUCUGUCUGUCUGUCUGUCUGUCUGUCUGUCUGUCUGUCUGUCUCUCUCUCUGUCUCUCUCUCUGUCUCUCUCUGUCUCUUUCUGUCUCUCUCUCUCUCUCUCCUCUACUUAUCUUUCUUAGGCUUUUGUGGUGAUUAGGAAGGUGAAGAAGUUGGCCUUCACACGGGGCUACAGUCUGUCUGUCUGUCUGUCUGUCUGUCUGUCUGUCUGUCUGUCUGUCUGUCUGUCUGUCUGUCUGUCUGUCUGUCUGUCUGUCUGUCUGUCUGUCUGUCUGUCUGUCUGUCUGUCUGUCUGU